UUCACAUUCCUUAGUCCAUGUUUCAUGCAUGGUCAAGUUUGGUUUUUCUCGUACCAGUUUCUUGCGUCUGUGUGCUUUUGCGCCCACCAGUUUUCCUUUUCGAAAUUGCAAUCUCUGGCUUCUCCAAAAACCCACUUGCAAAAUGACCACUUUUCGGAUGGCAAAAGAACAAUUUGCUACCUUGUGUUCAAGAGGGCACGUAAGAGAAGCUUUUGAAAGCUUUGUAUCAGAGAUAUGGGCAGAACCCCAUUUGUUCUCAAACCUCCUCCAAGCGUGCAUUGGGUUAAAGUCUGUUGCUUUGGGGAAGCAGCUUCACUCUUUGAUAUUAACUUCUGGCUGUUCCUCAGACAAGUUCAUUUCCAACCAUCUCCUCAAUCUCUACUCAAAAUUUGGGGAGCUUAGAGCCGCUGUUGCUUUGUUUGAUCGAAUGCCUAGGAGGAACAUCAUGUCAUGUAACAUUAUGAUCAAGGCCUAUCUUGAAAUGGGCGACAUCGAGAGUGCCAGGAACCUGUUUGAUGAAAUGCCUGAGAGAAAUAUUGCCACGUGGAACGCCAUGGUAACGGGUUUGGCCAAGUUUGAAAUAAAUGAGGAGUCUUUAGUCUUCUUUUCGAGAAUGAAUGAAUUAGGGUUAAUGCCAGAUGAGUACUCUUUGGGUAGCGUGCUCAGGGGAUGUGCUCAUCUAGGAGCUUUGUUUGCUGGCCAACAGGUUCAUGCCUAUGUUAUGAAAUGUGGGUUUGAGUUUAAUUUGGUUGUUGGAUGCUCUUUAGCUCAUAUGUAUAUGAAAGCUAGCAGCAUGGACGAUGGGGAGAGAGUUAUCAAUUGGAUGCCGGAUUACAAUUUGGUUGCUUGGAAUACACUUAUGGCUGGAAAAACUCAAAAGGGAUCCUUUGAGGGAGUUCUGGAUCAAUAUUGUAUGAUGAAAAAGGCAGGUUUUAGACCAGACAAGAUUACUUUUGUGAGUGUGAUCAGCUCGUGUUCGGAGUUAGCUAUCCUUGGUCAAGGGAAGCAAAUUCAUGCUGAAGCAAUCAAAGCAGGAGCUAGUUAUGAAGUUUCGGUAGUUAGUUCAUUGGUUAGUAUGUACUCUAGAUGUGGAUGUUUGCAAGAGUCUUUCAAAUCUUUUCUGGAAUGCAAAGAGCGAGAUGUUGUGUUAUGGAGUUCAAUGAUUGCUGCUUAUGGAUUUCAUGGUCAAGGAGAAGAAGCCAUCAAACUUUUCAAUCAAAUGGAACAAGAAAAUCUGCCAGUAAACGAGGUCACUUUCUUGAGCUUGCUUUAUGCUUGUAGCCAUUGCGGAAUGAAGGACAAAGGACUUGAUUUCUUUGAUAUGAUGGUGAAAAAGUAUGGACUCAAGGCUAGACUAGAACAUUAUACUUGUGUGGUUGACCUACUAGGCAGGUCUGGCUGUUUGGAGGAGGCAGAGGCCAUGAUACGAUCCAUGCCUGUAAAAGCAGACGCAAUUAUAUGGAAGACAUUAUUAUCUGCGUGUAAACUCCACAAGAAUGCUGAAAUUGGAAGAAGAGUUGCUGCAGAAGUUCUUACGAUUGAUCCACAAGAUUCUGCUUCAUAUGUUCUACUUGCCAACAUUUAUUCUUCAGCUAAGAGAUGGCAAAAUGUUUCUGAGGUAAGGAGAGCCAUGAAAGACAAGAUGGUGAAGAAAGAACCAGGCGUAAGUUGGGUAGAAGUGAAGAAUCAGGUUCACCAGUUUCAUAUGGGUGGUGAAUGCCACCCAAAACAUCUGGAAAUUAAUCAGUACCUGGAACAAUUAACUUCAGAAAUGAAGAAGCGGGGCUAUGUACCUGAUACUAACUCUGUUUUGCAUGACAUGGACAACGAGGAAAAAGAACACAACUUGAGGCACCAUAGUGAGAAAUUGGCAAUUGCUUUCGCUUUAAUGAGCACCCCAGCGGGAGUGCCAAUAAGAGUGAUGAAAAACUUGCGGGUUUGCAGUGAUUGUCAUGUUGCCAUCAAGUACAUAUCAGAGAUAAAAAAUUUAGAAAUUAUUGUGCGAGAUUCUAGCAGGUUUCACCAUUUCAAAAAUGGUACAUGCUCUUGUAGAGAUUAUUGGUAAUAGUUACCCUUGAUUUCCGUUUGAGAUUGUUGUUCAUGAUGUUGCGUAGCUUACAGGUAAGAGGGACUAAGUUCUUGCUAGUUUCUAUCACAUCCUUACUGCAAUACAUACUUAGGGCUUUCAUAUCAUAAUUUCCACAAUCAUAAGUGAGACAUAAAGUUUAAAGGGAUACUUUAUGGUCAAAUUUCAAUAAAGGAUAUUGAUUAGUGGUGGCUUCUAACCUCUGAUGUUAGCUAUUGUUGGUUAUCAAGUACAAUUACCUGAACUGCAUUGAUAGCUAAAUGAUUAUUUUUGGCCAACUAAUCGUACUGUUGUUAUUUCAUAUUAGUCAAUAGUCCCUCAAAAUGGCAUGUGCAGUGGUCAAAGCAGAGGGAAUCAAGAGUUACGUUCACAUGGCUUUGGAAGUUGCAAUUUCAUUGGUCUAUUUGGGUCAUGGAUCGUUAAUCAGCCAAAAUUCACAGUUGGCUUUCUUCUCGCACCCGAUGGGGGGCAUGAAAUGACUAAAACGCCCUUAAGUAAAAGUUAAAAGCCAAUCCCUACUCAUCUAAUAUUCACAUAGUGGUGCACCUCCAUACUUCCAUAUCCUCUACACCUUCCAGUCCACAAAGAGCCUUCCGCCGCUGCCAAGGAGCUUCCAUUCCACCACUGCAACCGCUGUCGUCCUUCAUUGGUGGAUCAUCAUCUAAGAGGACUAGGGAUAGUUAUUCUCAACUUGCUAAACGUUUGAGACCAACUGUAUCAAUACAGAGGAGAAAGCGGGGAACCGAGCAACGUCAACGAUAACAUUAAACAAAAUGUGCAUUGAAAGGAUGUAGGAGUUAAUGGACCAUUUUCGUGGGCGCUUCAGGAUACUUCGGUGCUAAGAAUGUAUGAAGAUGAUGUGACUGAUCUAUGGGAUGGUGUGUUGAAACUUAAAAUUUGCAUAUUUAUACAUAUUUUUAUUUUCUUUGCAAUAGAUAGUGAGCAUGGGUAUUUAUAAGAUCAUGAAUAAGUUAGGGCCUUGCAUCACUCCGUUGGGGCUACACUUUAGUUGCAUGGAUUGUCACUUUGCACUUUAUUUUAUGAGACAACAAAUAGAUCCGGUACAUCCAAUAGAUCCACCUUACUCAAGAGUCAAGAUCAAAGACACAUUCCAUUUUAACUCUUUGAGAUACUUUUAAAGGAUAAAAUUAUGGUGGAACCAUUAAACUCCAGAGCGACAAUACUUUGAAUGCAGUAAUUAACUCACGAUGUUAUCUUGAUAUACUUGACAUCAACACAUUAGCAUUGUCUAUAGAAUAAAAAAGGUAAAUUUACCUAAACGGUGAAAUGACACUAAUUUUAUAGAAAUGGACAAUUUAAAAAAAUAAUACAAUUAUAAGUUGUGCCAGGUGGGCACGACUUCUUUGUUAUUUCUAUUUUGACUAAAGUCAUUAGUUCCUAGCACAACUUUAUUGGGGAGCUGUGACAUCGGACUGGCUGCCACGGGAGGGAAUUUUGAGGUUGGCAGCACCGAUGCACCAAUGAGCUAAGCUACAACGAGUGCCAAUACUAUGACACGAAGAGUUAUGGGGACAUGUUCUUGGGGAGAUUUUAUGCACAAUACUCCACUAACGAGGCUCACAAUAAGUCUAAGGCCCAC